AUGGAUUCUACCCCUUCAACCACCUCUCAACUAGUCCUCCGCAGUCAAGAUGUAUCUCGUCUGUCGUUGACCUCUUUAAAUGACGAUGUAGCCAUCGUGCUCCUCAGUUUCAUGAGACCUCAGGAUAUAAUGGCUUACCGACAGACAUGCCGCCAAUUUUUCAAGACGACCGAACGCCGAGUCGUGUGGUUAAAUGCUCUGCGGAAGGUCAUGGAUGAUCACUUCGUUACCGAGGAUACCUUUCCUCUGAAAUCUAUGUCGCUUGAAAUGCUACAGCAUGCGGCGUUGUCGCCCUUCAGAUUUACUACACUACUGAAGGAAGCUGAUGGUUCGCUCCUUGAGCCAACAAACACGCGGAUUCUACCGUGCCGCUUAACUGAAAACGAGAAACAAAGCUUCGGAGUAACUGGCAAUACAGUGCUUGAGACCUUCACUGUCGCCCCUGGAGGAAGAUUUGUCGCGGUACAAACCAUCCACCACAAGGUUAACAGUGACGAGUUGUUAUGGGUUUUCACGAUCUGGGAUCUAGGUAUUCAUGGAUCUUUCAAUACGGACGCGAAACCUGUUAAACGCGUGUCCAUCCCAAUCAGUGGAGAUACUCAUGACUUUUACACUGUCGCACUGCACUUUGACCCGAGCUAUGGAAGUGGAACAUUGUUUCUGAUAGUUCAUCUGAUACCAGAGUCGACGAAAUCCUCAGUCUCCGUCUAUACGAUGGAUAUCACUUCCCAUGUAAACGAAAUGAAACUCUUUGCUAAGAUAGACUUUCCUGGUCAUCUGCAUCUCCUUCUAAUUGUAGCUUCUCCUCGUUCGCACAGGAUUACCGGACAAUUCUAUGAAGGCGAAGAUGACAAAAACGCGUAUUUUGUAUGGGAUUAUUUAGAGAACAAAUCGACAUCCUGGUUCACUAAAGACACAUUAGAAGACACCUACUACUAUGACGGUUCCAUUUUCUAUCCCUACGACAACGCUCUAAUUGUGGUUGACAUUGACGGCAAUCUAAGAGUAUACAACACCCCUGAACUCACCGAUGGCUCAGCUUUCUGGGAGAACCCCAAGGUGACCCAAUUUCCCAACAUCGACAUACGACGUCCUUUCUCUGGCCCUUGUGCUCAUAUACCAAUCGCUGAUAACCACAAGAGCUUUUCUGACUACCUCUGUCUGUCAGAUACAGAUGAGGACGUGGCCGCUAUCUAUCGAAUCCAAGAUUUAAACUCUCUCGCUAACUCUAGGUUACCACAGAAGCUUCCGGUCCACGCAGGCACUGUGAAUCUUUCUGCAGUGAGUGUUCCCGGUGGUCCAAAAUCGGGUCUGGUUCAUCAUUUAGAUGAGGAUAAUGUUCUUAUCUCUUAUUUGAACGUUGAUUAUUCCCGCCUCCGUGCCCAUGUCGUGGACAUGAAUGGAGGAACUCCGUCGUUGAAACUUCGGAAUCCUGAGUUGUUAAAUCCAUUAGAAGCACAGACAACUAUCCUAGGGUAUGAAGGAACUAUGAGGAUGGAAUGCGUUGCGAUAUCUUCCAUGACAGGAAGGGUUUUCAUUCAGACGGUUCAAGGGCAUCAACGUGGUCUUCGACAGCUACAAGUUAUGGAUUACCUUUAA